AUGUCGUAUCCUUACGGCAGCGGCGUUGGUGGUGGCAAGCCCAGUUGGGCCCCUGCCACCACACCUGUGUCCAGUGCGGCACAGGAGAGACUGCUCCACACGGAGCAGUCCUACGCCAGAAUGCAGCAGGAUCUGCAGAACUUGGUCCAAACAAGGGCCACAACACCGAUGUCAGCAGUAGACACCGGCAGAGCCGGGUCAGAAAUUGCCCGCAUGCAGCAGCUGCUGCUAGAGAUGGGGGCGGAGAUCACAGGGCUGAAGGCCACGAUCGCUCGGCAAGAGGCCACGAUCAAGACACAGAGCGAUGCCAUCGCCAACCCAAAGAGGCACUAUGUUACGCCAGUGCGCUUUGGGGACAAUACACCGCAUGGCAGGAUGCUCGGCCAAGGCUCUGGCCAACAUAUGCCGCCUCCAUCUCUCCCAGCAUUCAAUACGAGCACAAACACGCCCGGCAAUCCGACGCAGCAACAGCCGUACAUGGCCUCUGCACAUGGUCCGCAACAUCAGCCCGCAAAUAUGCAGUCCCCAUCCGGUCCAACCCACAGUCAACCAUGGAACCAGCAGUUGGCAUAUCAAGGGCAGGGUCCACAGACGCCCCAAUUCCCGAUGGGAUAUCACACGACUCCUACGGGUCCAAGCUAUGGCAGUCACGCCACACCGUAUCAAGCACCUGGGAGCGACCAAGGCAUGUUCGGUAGCCAGCCACGGGCACAACAGCCAUCCAAUCCAAAUCCAAACACCAUGGCAGUCGUCCCGGCCCCUGCGAUGCAGGAGGAUAAUCCGGUCAAAGUGCAGUUUGCAAAAGUUUGGAGUAUGGCAGAGGCGUUUGCUCGCUCACACGUCAACCUGCCAAGCACAUCAAGGGACAAUGCGAUGCCUCAACGGGUCAAAGACAUACUUCUCAAUGCUGCAACAAGGACAACAGCUUUCCAGUUCAUGUCUACACCAGUGUUCCGAUACUUCCUGGUGACAAAGAUGAUUGUGCAGUGGCUGUUGAAGACCAUUCUGAAGGUGGAUAGCUUCGCUGGACUCGACGACAACGUCGACCGGGUGAUUGCGUCGUGCCGCAGUCAAAUCUACCAAUCCACACCUGCCCAAGUCAAGUUCCAGCUGCUCACCACGGUGGUUCAACAGAUGGCAGUGCUCAAGCAAAAUCCCAACUUCGAAGCCUAUCUGCAGCACCUGGCUCGAACCCGUGGCAACGAACUGUGGGCCGAUCUGCAAACGAUGAUGCAUCAGAAGACAUCACGAGACUGGGAUGACUUGCUAAGCUUGAUGAUCGAAGCACACAGAUUGGCUGCCCUCAUGUACUCCGGACCAAAUGAGUACCGGUAUGAGAUGCCACAGUACGGGCAACCAUUCAGCAAAGAGGCCAUGGAACCAAAGGAUACGCACCCAAAUGUGCAGGGACCAGAGAAGCUGGAGGAGAUGGGUGCGACGGUCAGACUGGCAUUCACGCCGCACGUUAUACUGCGAACCAGUCUACCGAAUGGACAUGUGACAUCAAGGACGUUGCUACGAGCAUACGUGCUGCUGAAAGUAGGCAACUAG